UCAGUUAAAUAUAACGAAAGUUCAUAAUUUAUCUGAUAAGAUUUGUGUACCGUAUGUGAAAAAGUGCUAAUAUAACAUCUCAAAAUCGAGUUCUGAAUGGCAAUGAGUACAAAAGUAAUAGUAUUUCCAUUUAGAUUUCAUAUCAGUCCAUCCGAGUGACUAAUGUAGACAAAAGAGAUAACAUAUUGAUUAUUAGGGCCAAUACUGUUAGAACCAACAAAAAAGAACUAUUCGAAAAUAGCUGAAUAUUUUUGCUAACAACGAAAUUGGCGUUUAAUUCAGUGCCGUAUUAAACUUUGUAUGACUGUGAUAAGACUGUUGUCUUGCUGAAAUAGUUAUCUAUAUCUUGUUAUACCUGAUACUUGAGCGGAGUAAUGAAGAUAACUAACAAUGUGGAGAGUGAACCGAAACUAUUUAUGUCUAUGGAAUGGUCUGCACCCAAGGAUGCUACCCCAUUGGAUGACUGUGUUGAAAAAGCUGUAGCGAGCUGUAAGGCAUCUGGAGCAAAGUUCUGUGGAGUAACCUGGCACUGUUCUAAAUUUGACGAAAACAAUUGUCAAAUUUUAAAAUUUUCUUGCAAAAUUCAGGAAAAUGGUAUCGAUGUGAUCGCUCAUCUUACCCCACAAAACUUGACCAAGAGUGAAAUACUGAAAAUUCUGCACCAUCUGAAAAAGAACAGGAUAAAGCAUAUUUUUGCCCUUAAAGGAGAUGUGGGUGACCCAAGCAGCAGAGCAUGCUUUUCGUAUGCAAAGGACUUAGUUCUUUUCAUAAGAAAAAAAUUUGGGAACUAUUUCAAGAUAUUUGUGGCUGGAUAUCCAUCUGGUCAUUCUGAUAAGUUGGACAGGAAUCUUGAAAUUCAGUACUUGAGAGAUAAGGUUGAUGCCGGUGCAGAUUAUAUUAUUACUCAGACAGUAUUCAAUGCUUUAGAUUUUGUAAACUUUGUCAAAAAAUGCCGGAAAAUUGGAAUCAGCAUUCCAAUCAUCCCAGGAAUUAUGCCCAUUCAGAAUGCUGAAUUACUCCUACGGCUGGAUAAUAAAUGCAAAUUUCAUUUUACUGAUGAUAUAUAUACUGCACUGAUCACUUACAAGGGAGCUGAGGAAGAGUUGAUCAAAUUUUGGAAUUCAAAAAGCUAAGGAAACUGUAAGAGAGAUUGUAGAAUCUGGGAUUGGUGUACAUGCAUUUCAUUUUUUUACGCUAAACAGGCCAGAGCCAGCAAUGCAAGUAUGGAAAGAAGUAGUAAAGGAACACAUCCAGAAUACAGAAUUUGAAUUAGUCCAAGUCAAAAUUAAUUGAGUGAAAACAAAUCAUUGUUCUUAAAUAAAUGAAAGUAAUAAAUAAUCUACCUCAAUUUCAUGUAUGAAAAAAUACUUAAUUAAGUAUGUCGAUAGAACAUUAAUUGAAAAAGUGUUACAAUUCAUAACACCGUAUAUCGUGAAAUGUUUAUCUUCAUUUCCAUCGAUGAUUAACGUUUUAUUAGUAUGAUUUUCACUAAGACUAAAGCAAGACUAAAAGUAUGAAGUAAAAAGCAAGCAAUAGUGUAUGAAAUGCUUUAGGUACCUAAUUGUUAAUGAAUAAAAUUUAAUAAAUAUAGGUAGGUAAAAAUUAAAUUGCUCACCAGUUAUUAGAGAUUUCGUAGACGUAGACUUCUCAUCAAUCAAAAAAAAAAAAAAAAA